AACACCUGUGAAGCUACAACAACUCCAGCAUAGACCCAUUGACGUGUGAGGCCCAGAGCCCACUGGAGUGUUCUACUGGAUAGACCUGAAACACAGGGGAGGUGCUGGGAUUGUCCUGGGUUGGUCAUACACAAACACAGGAGGGGUGUUCUUUUCUUCACCAGUCACUGCCACAAGGAUCCAUGGUCUCUCUGAGGAGGAGAACUGGCUGCACUCAUGGAGAAACAAGGAGGAAAUGGAUGUAAACGUCAAGUUAUGGUCGAGAGCCCUGUACGACCACUGCGGUCUCUGGUGCGGUCGUGUUUCAUCUUCCUCCUCUUCCUGUCCACGGUCAUCGUGAUCAUCCUCUUAGGUUUUCCUGACAGCUCCUUCCAGACAGACUGGUGGAAAAACCUAUCACUGUACACAUACUACCGUAGAUGGACCAACCCCGACCGCCCCCUUGGACCAUCCCCAACCACCAUUCCCCCAACCACAGUACCAGCCCCUCCCUCAACCACCAUACGUCCGCUACCAACCAACCACUACCACUUUGGCUACCCUCGUAACUACCACUUCAUCGUAGACGAACCGGACAAGUGUAAUACCCAGACCCCGUUCCUGGUGCUGAUAGUCCCCGUGGCGCCCGGUAACCUGGCGGCCCGGGACGCCAUCCGCAGGACGUGGGGUAAUGAGACCCUGGUGCAGGGGAAGAAGGUACAGACGCUAUUCAUGCUAGGACUUCCUGGAGGAUCAGGUGCCCAGGAGCUGCAGGAGAAGGUGAACCAGGAGAGCCAGGUGCAUCAUGAUCUACUCCAGAGCAACUUCCUGGACUCCUACCUCAACCUCACCAUUAAGACCAUGGUGAUUAUGGACUGGCUGGCCACCCACUGCACCAAUGCCACCUACGCCAUGAAGAUCGACUCAGACAUGUUCCUCAACGUAGAGAACCUGAUGACUAUGUUGCUGAGACCGGACGUCCCCAAGGUGAACUACCUGACGGGGAUGCUGAUGUGGGAUCGACCCGUAAUCCGGAACCCCAACUCCAAAUGGUAUGUUCCGGUAGAGAUGUUAGCCGACAACCGAUACCCGACCUACACACUUGGUAUGGGAUACGUCUUCUCCAACGACCUGCCGGAGAGGUUCGUGGAGGUAUCCAAGGACAUCAAGCUUUUUAAUAUAGAAGACGCCUAUGUUGGCGCCUGUAUGAAGAAACUGGGCCUCUCGCCCACAAACUCACCAAAUCCUUGGCAAUGGAAGGCCUAUCUCGGCAAGUACAAUCGCUGUGAAUUUUCCAAAGUCAUCACCUAUAUUUUGAGCCGCUCGUCCCAGAUAGUGGACUACUGGAUGGACCUGAAGAAGACACCUGGUUCACCCUGUUCCUAGACACUGAUCUAGGGUCCAUUUUGUAUUUUUCAUCCUCAUGGUAGAGUCUAAGUCUUUAGAUAGCCAAACAGAUAUAUACACCUGUAUAUAUCGCUGAAAAAACAUUGCUGUAGCUCUGCCACCUUCCACCUCAGAUGCGGAAGGCUGACAUCGGAGGAUGUGGUGGAUUGAGAUGCAGCCCAUGCAAUACAACAGAUAUCUCUAGCUUAAACAGACAGUUUCUGAUGGGAAUUUUUUUAUUAAGCUUAUUCAAUUUCCGCGCGGACAUUGACUCUAGUACUAGUACUAAGAUUCAGGGACUCUAUCAGUGUCUGAGGGGCAACUUAGGUAGGGCGGCAGGUAGCUGAGCGACUAGAGUGUUGUGCCAGUAACUGAAAGGUUGCUAGUUCAAAUCCCCUAACAGACAAGGUGAAAAAGAUCUGUCGAUGUGCCCUUGAGCAAGGCACUUAACCAUAAUUUCUUCAAUGUUGACCUUGGCUGUAACCGCAUUCUUGUGGGGAGUUGAGAUAUGCAAAAAAAACGUUUUAAUUUCAAACGUGUAUAAAACACACUUUUAGAUGUGUGAACCAGAACAAAUAUAAGCACCCACUGGCUCCUGGAGCACCUUGUUAGGACUCAAUUCCCCAUAAUGACAUUGGGUAGGGUAGGAAAUAAAGAUGGGUGGUGGUGGUGGGUCUGGUCGGGAUGAUGAAGUUAGGUCAUUGAGUAGUUCUUACUUUCAAAGUCUUCAUUUACAAUGGUGGAACAUACUUUACAAAGGGAUCUUUUGGGAUUUUGGGAUUCCGAAUCUCAGGAAUCCAAACAAAUCCAGACAGAGGAUGGCAUCAGCAUCUGUCUAGUCUCUUGUGAUAGAUUAACACUUUCACAGGCCAAAACUCACAUGAGAUUUGUCUCUGUUCACAUGAGAUUUGUCUCUGCUCACACGAGAUUUGUCUCUGCCCACACGAGAUUUGUCUCUGUGUAACAUGGUCAUCUGUCUGCCAAAUUCCAUUCUGUUGGUUCUAGAAACCAGUUGGGUAACCUGUAAGAAACACUGGUGAGAACCAAAAGCCAUCCAUUAUGAAUAAUUCUGUCUCUAACUCUCAAAAACAAUUGAAAGGAAGAUUAUUCUGUACAUAAAAAAAAGAGUUUUGUUACAUCAUUCACUUUGCCUAGUGAAUUAACAGUAGCCCUAGACCUAGACCAUGCCCAAACCAAGUAGACCGAUAUAACAGUAUUGAAUAUUUAACAGCAUAAGAUAUUUAUUUUACUGGGUGAGUUCUUUUUCAAUUCAGCGACAUCUACAUGAAUAAUUAAGUCACAUAUAUUGUUCAACAAAGCCUCUUUUUAUAUCGGCAUCAGUAAAUUAAGUCACAGAUAAUGUUACACAAAGCCUCUCUCAUCCUGUUUGCUUAGCAUGACACUGUUCAAAGGCUGUUUGACUUCUAUGUACGUAUUGCACAAUUUAUUUAUUUGCAGAACUGUUGACUAAAGCCUGGACUAGAAUAAGGUGUGUUCCAUUGCCAAUGAAAGGAGUUCUGUUCUGUUCUCAACUUACACAAUGAAUAGAGUUUUUCUCAACUUACACAAUAAAGGAGGAGUCCAUCAUUAUUCUCAAUGUCUGAUGACUGGUGUAACAAAAUAAGAUGAUAUGAGCAAUGAUGAUAUCAUAAAUUUAAAGCACUUUGAGAUUAUUUAUGUUAUGAAAAGCACAAUAAAAGUUCAAUAAAUGAUUUUUAUUAUUACGAUCAUAAUCAUUGACAUGGUGAAUGCAUUGCAGUUGACAACAGGGAUCUUUAAAAAAAAAAGAAGAGAGACAGGGUUUAACUGUCAGAGGUUUGUCUCGAAGAAGAAAGGCUCUGUCCGAAAUGUUGACAAUAAAGGCUACUUAAUACUCUG